AUGAUAAUAACGAGAAAGGUGGCACGGUGGGCGCUCCUCCUGAAGCGAGAGGCGCUCGGCCGAAACUACGGUGCACAAAAGCGGUUAGAACAAGCACCUCGCGGUGCCACAGCAAUGCUGCCUCAUUCCGGCCGGGUAGAUGACAACAUCGACACCGACGACACCGUGGCCACCGACCUGCACAGGACCAGCAGCUGCGUCGCGUUGGCGCUGCCGUUGCCGUUCCCGUACUAUUACUACUACUACUAUCCUCGUGCUGGGAUCGCCGCCUCGUUGUUCAAGUCAGAUCGCCGCACGCUUACCGACCGCCACGAGGCCGACUCGUUGUUACUAAUCGAGAGGAUCGACGAACCGCAAGUGCAAUCGAUUUCGUGCUUCGAUUUCGCAGCAUCGACCGAGCCAAUAGCGAAGGAGCAACAGGACGAAGAGAAACACGGCGAACAGGAAACGGAAAGCGUGGCGAGUCCGGCAGACAAGGAAGCUAUAGUGCUCGCGAGCGUGGACAGUAACCGCCAUAACCGCCAGAACGUGAGAGCACGAUUUUCCGCGUGA